AUGCUUUUCGUAUUGAAACCCAUCGACACGACUAUCGACGACGAGAGAUACACCAGAGAUAUAAAUCAACACACAUAUAUAGCCAGAAUCGGACAGAUAUUGAGACGCAAACUGUCGGCCAAGAACUCAGAGUGCGAUAAACUCAAGCAACAAAUCAAAGACAUUAAACUUGAAUGCGACCGAUAUAAGCAGGUUAUGAUCCAAUUGAAUGACACCAUCGUCACCGGCAAUGGACACGGAACUGGAGGCAAGUCCCGCAAGAACCAGAGCCACGGGUGCCACUCGUGCUGUCACGCGGACAAGCCAUACAUCUGCGAGUGGGAUAACUGCGGCAAACGAUUCCGGUCGAGACCACAUCUGGACGCACACAAGAAUAUACACACCGGACGCCGGUUCCCAUGCGAUUGGCCUAAUUGUGGCAAAAGUUUUAUGAGAAAAUACAAUUUGGUUGAACACACGAAACUCCACUCCAGUGUUAACCCCAAUGUUUGCGAUUUUCACAAUUGCGGCAAAUUUUUCUCAAGUAAAUACAGUUUAAUGAGACACCAGAGCGCACAACACGACCCAAACCGAAAGGAGGGACACCUGACCAGCGCUCAGAUGGCAGAGCUGUUUAAGACAACGGAAUAACAGCCCGUGUUUUUGGUCUCAAAAAUUUUUGCAACAAAAAACUCAAACAAAUGCACAUAUUUUUAAACUUUAUCCGAUUCUGC